AUGUACAAUGGCGCUGCGAACGAUCGAUCCGCUACACUGCCCGGCUCUGGCCUUCGCUACAAGCAGAGAGCUUACGCCCACCAAGCUGAAAAGUUAGGAUACCUCUCACUGGAGAAAGAGCCCGCCGGCAAUGGUCAUACACAAGCAGCAGAGGCCAAAUUUGUGACUCCAUUCGACCCAGUCAUCGAGACCCAGGAUGGCAAGCGACUGCCUGCCGUACCGGUGGACGAGGCGAACAAGCUCAAUGCAUUGAAAGACCAGGCCGAGCGAAGGACUCCACGGGAAGCACCUCAGUCUGCCCUGCGCGAAAGCAAAGAUGGGCACGUUCACGGCAUUAUACACGGCCAUUCGCAACCGGCACAACAGAGCGAGGAAGCUGGCGCGCCUCUUCGCGAGGCUGUUCCAUCCUCAAAGACCAAUCCAUUAUUCCCACCUCUACCUAUGUACGGACCGCCCUCUUGCCUACGGACCCUUCAGUGCUGCUUCUUCCGCGCAACGUCUGCUGUGCUAUCUUUCUGCUUUCUUCUCGCCAUUGUCGUCGGAGCACUGAUAGACGCCGUCCCGCGAAUGAGUAAAGACUUGCGAACACGUGCCUCGCUCAAGAACCCCAAAAAGCUGAGACCUUUCUACAACGAAGAAAUGAAAAGACGGCAGGAACGCAAAGCAGCGGAAGGGGCUUGGAGUAAACAGCGCAAUGGCGUGUCAACACCAUCUGGGGAGAAAAGCACCCACCAGGACGAGGAAUACAUUCCAACUGAAGGUGGUCCUGAUCCGCUCGUUGUUGACGUUGCCUACUACGCUCGACGUGUGGGCCUCGAUGCCGAAACGUAUGAAGUGCAAACAGAGGAUGGAUUUAUAAUUGAGCUGUGGCACAUAUUCAAUCCUCGUGAAUAUUGCAGCCCCCCGCCCGAGGCUCGUGGUAUUCAAGGCCCAGACAUCUUCCGCACACGUCCGACAGAUCCUACCUUUGGCCAGGCUCAACAGUGGAAGGACGGCAGGAAAAGAUACCCAAUCCUCAUGAUACAUGGCUUGCUCCAAUCUGGGGGCGCUUUCUGCUGCAACGACGAUGACUCGCUCGCCUUCUAUCUGGCCAAGUCUGGGUACGAUGUAUGGAUAGGCAAUAACCGUUGUGGUUUUACUCCGAAGCACACAUCCUUACGAUACGAAGAUCCAAGGAUGUGGAAUUGGAACAUUCGGCAAAUGGGCGUUAUGGAUAUGCCAGCUCUCAUCAGUCGAGUCCUCGCCGAAACAGGCUUUCCUAAGCUGGGCUUGAUUUCUCAUAGUCAGGGCACCACAGAGGUCUUCGUCGCUCUCGCAAAAGAGCAGAGACCAGACAUUGGUGAAAAGAUCUCGGUUUUCUGCGCCCUGGCGCCUGCUGCCUACGCAGGCCCGCUCAUUGGAAAAUUCUAUUUCAAGUUUAUGCAAAGCAUCAGCCCAGGCAUAUUUCGCAUUGUCUUUGGCAUACAUUCCUUCAUUCCUCUGAUGCUCAUGGCUCACAAGAUUCUACCCGCGCGACCUUUUUCCUGGAUGGGCUACCACGUAUUCUCUUACCUCUUCGGCUGGAACGAUGGUAGAUGGGAUCGAGGACUGCGAGAUCGCAUGUUUCAGUGGGCGCCCGUCUAUGUCAGCGCCGAAUCCAUGCGCUGGUGGCUAGGUAGGGAAUGCUUCGCCAUGCAAAAGUGCAUCUUGGCCACAAGAGAAGAGGGAAAAUUGGAAGACCAAGAAGACGAGGAAGACGAUGAGAUCAUUCGUAAAUACUACGCGGAUCGCGAACCUCAUGUCACGGAGCGGCGGAAAUUGCAGCGUAACUUGACCAGCUUCCACUGUCAAACUUUGACACAUCAACAUCACGAUUCGAAGAGGGCCAAGUUCGCUUGGUACGAUGAUCGCUUCCCACCUCUUGCGAUGUGGGUAUGUGGUGCUGAUGACCUGGUCGAUGGUCGGAGACUGUUACGGCGAUUUGAUCGCGGCCGAGAACCACAUGUUCGCGUUGUGCACAAGAAAAUAAUCGAAGGAUAUGAACAUCUAGACGUGAUUUGGGCAAUGGAUGCGAUAGAAAAGGUUGGCAAGGAAGUCCGUGAGGUGAUCUGGCGGACUGCAGACUCCAUUAGCCAAUCUCGGUGCAGAAUACCGGUGGGAUUAUGGGGAAUCUGCGAGGACGAAAGUGGAUGCCAGUAA